CAAGAUGGCGAAAUAAACUUGGAUCUGAAACGUGAAGAUUUUUGUUUUCGCUCAAUUUAACAAGAAUUAUAGUUUUUAUCAGUAUAACGUAUCGUUUCGAUAACUCAAACAGUAAACAGCAUUACAUUUUACUAAAAUAUGGGGUCAAAGAAACACAAGAAGGAAUCUAAAAAGAAGAAGCAUCGUAGUCGCUCAAGAUCGCCUUUGGAAGGUGAAGAGCGUGAAAGAAAAAAGCAUAGGAAACACAAGGACCGCAAAAAGGAUCGUUCUCCUGACGUGGAGGAAGUGCCGGUGGACUCGCACUUGUUCUACGAAGAUGGCGCUAAACACUCGCGCAGUCGUAGUCCAGCCAGCGAGCGAGAUCGCCGCGCUCGCGAACUACGCGUUCGGGAUGAACCGGCACACAGUGAAAAAAGCAAACGCACGCGCGAUCGCUCCCCAUCGCCCGCUACGAGCGAAAACGCAGGCGGCGCGGCGCAAGAGAGCCUCUCCAUAGAGGAGACCAACCGACUGCGAGUCAAACUCGGCCUCAAGCCGCUAGAGGUCGCUGAGAAACCAGCCGACGAUGGCAAGUUCAAGGAUGAUCUUGGCGAGUUCUACCACAAGCCAGCUGCCAAUAUCUCGGAACAGAAAAAGUCGGAAAAAUUACGUGAAAAACUUGAGCAGCGCAAAGAGAAACGUAAAAUGGAACAGAAAUUACAAACUACUCUAUUAGCGGACGAGCCAGAAGAGGAUGACGCGCUGGCUUGGGUGAAGAAGUCGAGGGAAAUCGAGCGGCAGAAGAGAGAGGCUGCUAAGAGAGCGGCGAUGUUGGACGAACUGGACGCGGAGUUUGGCGUCUCGGCGUUAGUCGCUGAAGAGGAGAAACAGGAUCGCGCGCAAAGUUACGUGUCACAACAUCUGCGAGGGCUCCGAGUGGCGCACGAUAUCAAUGCGCUGGGUGACGAACGUGAAGUGGUCCUGACUUUGGCAGAUAAAGACGUGCUUGCUGAAGACAGCGAAGACGUGUUAGUAAACGUCAAUAUUGUGGACGACGAAAAGUACAAAAAGAACAUAGAAGACCGCAAGAAGGCCAAAGCUGGUUACCAAGCGUACGAUGAUGAAGCGGACCUCGAGGCCGCUGCCCUGGGCUACUCGCGGCCCGUGCUGGCCAAGUAUGACGAAGAAAUCCAGCCCGGAGACGCCAGCAAGAAGAAAGGCUUCCGUAUUGGAGACGAAGACGCGCUUGAGGCUGAGCGUUUCAAGGAAAUGCUGCGCCGCGAGCGAAUGCAGGGCGGCAUAGAGAAAAGGCUGGAGUCUCUACAAAUGCCCGAGCUGAGACUGGCUUCAGACUACAUGAACGAGGCAGAAAUUCAAGCCAAGUUCAAGAAACCCAAGAGAAAGGGCAAGUUACGGAAGAAAGCCAAAGAGGAACCUAUAGAUGUCGACGACUAUGACGCGGGCAUGGCGCCUCUUGAAACCGACGACACAGAGGUGAAGCCCGAGCAGCUGGGGCUACCGGUGGACGAGCACGAGACCGAGCCCGACACCGAGCUGCAGGCGGCGCUGGCGCGCGCGCGCCGGCUGCGGCAGGAGGCUGCCACGGCACAGCCCAGGGUGGAAGAAAUCUUAGAGCGUGUAAAGGAAGAGCCGACGUUUCCCGAGCAGGAACCAGAGUCGUCCAUGGUACUCGACGCUACGGCAGAAUUCUGUCGAACACUGGGUGAUAUCCCCACGUACGGACUCGCUGGGAACCGAGACCACGCCGAGCAGAUCAUGGACUUCGAGCGCGCGGAGGCCGAGCCCGAGCCCGAGGCGGAGGCGGGCGGGCGCGCGGGCGCGUGGAGCCGCGUGCAGCCGGCCGCGGAGCGCGCGCCGCCGCCCGCCGCGCCGCUGGGCGCCGAGCCCGCGCUGGGCGCCGGGGUGGCCGGCGCGCUGCGGCUGGCGCUCAGCAAGGGCUACCUCGAACGUAGCGGACAGAUGCCAGCACCGCGGCCCGCCAACCACCAUCUGUUAGCCGCAAGACAUUACUCUAUUGAAGACAAGACGGCCGGUGAGGACGACAAAUACGGUCGUCGUGAACGCGGUGGCUACUCGGGCCCCCUUCAAGACUUCCGCGAGAAACCCGGCUUCAGGCCCAACAUCAAGUUGGAGUAUGUGGACGACGACGGCAGGCCGCUCUGUCCCAAGGAGGCAUUCCGCUACCUUUCCCACAAGUUCCAUGGUAAAGGACCUGGCAAGAAUAAACAAGAGAAACGCAUCAAGAAGGUCGUGCAAGAAGGGCUGAUGAAAAAGAUGAGCUCCACAGAUACUCCAUUGGGUACACUGCAAAUGUUGCAAGAAAAACAACGCGAGACAAAAUCAGCUUACGUCGUGUUGAGCGGUACUAAGCGCGAAAACAACAACUGAACACCACAACAAGUUAACCCUUUCCCGCGGUAGUAACAACUGAUGCCUUUGACAAGAACAAUUGAAAAGCGCUAAAUCAUUGAUGGGCAUGACAGCAGCAAUUUUUGCACGCAACAGUAAAACAAUGCAUACAAGAAAUGAUGCACAAAUUAGCGUUGCGCGUAGAAACUCAUUGAACGCACGACUAACAUGUUAGACGUAGCAACAACUAAUGCAUAUUUCGAAACUCGCUAUCAACAAAGUUUAAGCGGCUAUUGUCUUCUAUUGUUUUUAAAACUGUUCAGGUUUUGACCUCCUUAUCAUACUUUUUCAUUUAUCAUGUUUUUAACAAACAUAAAGUCAUAAUAUACUUCACUGAUGAAUUAAUUUAGUGUUUUAUGUAUAUUCUGUUAGUGUCAGAUUGCUCUGUAGUUUGCAAAUAAAAAUGAUA